AUGUCAGAGGUGGCGGUGGACACCAGCUCCAAGAUCACCACCAAGGACUUGAAGGAGAAGGAAGUUGUGGAGGAGGCAGAGAAUGGAAGACGGGCACCUGCCAAUGGGAAUGCUAAUGAGGAAAACCGGCAGCAGGAGGCUGACAAUGAGGUAGAUGAAGAAGAGGAAGAAGGUGGGGAGGAAGAGGAGGAGGAGGAGGAGGAGGAGGAGGAAGGCAAUGGUGAGGAAGAGGAUGGAGAUGAAGAUGAGGAAGGUGAGGCUCCUACGGGCAAGCAGGUAGCUGAAAAUGAUGAGGAUGAUGAUGUUGACAUCAAGAAGCAGAAGACCGAUGAGGAUGACUAGACAGCAGAAAGGAAAAGUUAAAG